GUGACAAGGCAGAAAGCGGCCGCUCUGUCGACAGGGCUUCGGCCCUGGAUAAGACUGCCACAGUCUACGGCGCCACCCACAUUGCCCUCGUUCAGAAUCCGGCCGAUUUCCGACGACGUGAUGCAGAAGCGGCUGCAGUCUUUCCAGGACCUAUUUGCUGAGGCGCGCCUUUGCUUAGAUGAUGCGCGGGAGUCUGAAGGCACCACCUACUUCAAGGACGACAUCAAAGAGGCUGAGGAAGCCGUGGAGAAUGCCACAAAAGCUUACGAGGACCUCCUUUCCGACCUUGACGAGGGCCGUAAGCGCGAGUUCGAAGAUGCAAACAGUCUGAAGGUCAAGUCUUUGAAGGAAGAGUACGCUCAGCUGCUUGUAGACGACGACCACUGA